AUGGCAAGUACUGGUUCAUCUCGUCUUAUUCCCGAAGUCUGUACUCUUCCCUAUAGUCCAACGCUUCGAAUCCCUUGUCUUCCAACUCCUAGUCUUGGUGCGGCUGUCACCUGGAUGCGACAUGCUUUUGCACGAUGUGUUCCAGUGCUCUUACUAACUAAUAGUCAUUUGUCUGGUGAUGCUGAAUUGGCUGUGGCUGCACAUCUCGGACAACUUUCAGUCGUUGAUCCUCGACAUUAUUUACUUUCAGAAUCGUCUGGUGAAAUUUGUAAUAAUACAGUCACGGGUGUGUGGGGUCCUCAUUUAAUCGUAACUCCAUGUUUAUGCCUGCCGGCUUGGCGGAGGCGUUUACAAAUGUGGUGCCCUGGUUUUCGUGUUGUAUGUUUGGGUCUUGGUCGCAGAAGUGAACGAUGUGGUACUGGACAUCGCCUUCGUGACAGUGUAGCUCGAGGUUCUGUGAAUAUUUGUUUGAUUAGUUAUACUGCUUUACGCUUAAAACCCAGUCGUUUCACACGGAUUCAGUGGAGUUCAGUCAUUUUUGACCAGAUUCACCAUAUUAUCUUACAGUCUUACAAAUCCAUUAAUCUGGUUCAUUCAGAUCCUACUAGUCGUCAACCAGCUAUCAGUAAGGCGAGUUCUCGGGAUCACGACACCGAAAACGCACCAGUUUAUUGUGAAACUGAUAGUUUCCUCGAUAAUAUAAGGGAGGAUGUUAAUACUAAGAUGGCGAUAGACCGUUGGUCAUUUCCCAAUUCAUCAAAAACACUAAUUCACCGAAAGUCAGAAUGGUUUGAUUUGAUAUUGAACAGAUUAGGCCGAAAUGGUCAUCGUAUAUUGAUUAGUUCAUCUUCUGAUAUUAUUUAUCAUAAACAUAGUCCCCAUCUACUUGAUCUUAGUAAACUGCUGUUGUUAAAUAAUUUACCAACUGAGGAAAACUAUGGUUCUUGGCUCAACGAUUUCUUUCAAACUGUUAGUCUUCCAUCACGUCAGGGUCGCUCGCCUAGUUUGUUAACAAAACCAUCGAAGAAGCAACUUUUAAAGUUUUUAGAUCCGUUCGUCAUACGUUUCGACGACGAAGACGAAUGGGACUCACUUAUCAAUGAUGAAGUUAUUGAAUGCCGUAUGUCCUCUGUACAACAGAAACUUCAUGAUAAAAUAUUGAGUACAAAAGCUGCUGAGAAUGCUCUGAAAACUGGAAAUCUAUUAGAUCUCUUACAAACAGUUUCAGUUGCUGUGCGUGCUUGCAAUCAUCCUUCUUUAGCUGGAACUCAUCCAAGAUCCUCACGAAUGUUUAGACAUACAUUGGAUAAUUUACAAGCUGGGGUUCAUGCUGUACAUGGUCCGUAUGUAUUCAAAUCUCUACAAAAGAUAUGCGAUUCAAAUAAUCACUACUAUUCCAAUUGUGGUCUUAUGUUUAGCACUCCAGAGUCAGUUUUGUUGGGUGUUAAAUUACUUCGACAUGCUGAAUUAUCUGACAUAACUUCCCAAUUCUUCAAUUUGUUCGAAGCUCUCAAACCAUCUGCUUAUAUCCGCAGUCGUAUCGCCAAUCUUACGCCUCAAUUCAGCCAGUUAUUAUCACCACCAAUUAAUCAUCAAAUGUUGAGUAAUAACAGAAAUGUCACUAUUUCGGAAAUUGUUUCAAACUCAGUGGAUUUUUUGCCAGAAUCUCAUAUUCCAAAUGGAAAUCUGGAAAGUAAUUACUUCAAGCAGGGAAAUCAGUUAACAAAUGGUUUUCCUCAGUCUCAACAUUUGAACUCUAAAAACUGUGUUGAUCCAGACAUUGAAAUUGUAAGUAUACCUCAGAGACAGAAACGACAAAGAAGUUCCGUUGUCGAUCAGAAUUCAGUUUAUUCCAAACGACGUCGAGUGGAAGAGUACGGUUCUCGUCUUCCUUUUCUUGAUUGCACUGAUAUAGGAUCUACUAGUUAUCAUAAGAGCUCCGACUGGUCGUCGAGUCACUUGAGUCUUAGUAGUGACCCAUAUAUGGCCCAUUCUGAUCAGUUUAGAAGUACAACAAAUAUGUCUAAUAAUCUCUCUCAUACUGUCAAUCAUAACAAUUCCUACAACUCAAAUGAUCAUUUAAACAAUAAUAAUAAUAACACCAAUAGUGAUAAUCAUUUAAAUGAGAAUGCAUAUCCUUGGCUAAUAGAUAAUCAUCGUAAAUGUACUCAGUUAAUUGAUUUUGCUGAUUGGUGUUCCCAGGAUACAUGUGAUCUUCUACGCUUAGAUUUAUUAUCUGAUAAUACUACUUCAGAUUUCAAUGCUUAUUCGAAAAAUUCACAAUUUAAGUCUUACAGUGUUUACUCUUAUAAGAAAGAAUCCGAUAUAUGGAAUAUUGUUUUAAAUCAAUUUUCACAAUGGAAUAAUUUUACGAGUGCACUGUGUACGCGACCGCGUGUGAUUGCCUCGCCUGCCCGACUAAUAUCUCGUGCAGGACCUAUUAAUCCUUUGCUAUUGUUUGACAAAAAGAAAACAACUUCAUUAUUGUCCAAUCUAUAUUGUCCACAAUCAUCUUGGUCAUUUUCUAUGUAUUCAUCAAUUUUGCGUAUAAGUCAUACUUUCUAUCCUCUAACAGAACAAGCACGUUGGUUGACACCUUCAUGCUGUUCAAAGAUUGGAUUUCAUUCCUCAUUGUUGUCGUCAUUUAGCGGCAACUCUAAAUCAUCUAUCAGUCAGUUGUUACUAGAAUCAGGUAAAUUUUAUAAUUUACAUCAGAAAUUGACCAAAUUGCUUGGUGUAAAGUCUAAUAGUACUAAUACUACUACUAAUAGUAAUAAUAAUCUUGAAAAACGUCCACGUUGUAUAUAUUUCAUAGCGCAUCAAACAGCUUUCCUCGAUUUAUUGGAAGCUUAUUUAUCAGCAUCAUCUUGGCGUUUAUUUCAUCGUGUACGUAUUCCAUCAAAUUAUAAAUCAGUUAAUGCUAAUACAUGGUCACUAAUUGAUUGUAUCAAUAGUUGGCCUCAAGGUACAAUUGGUCCACUACUAGUACUAAUACAUGCACGAAGUCCAACUACAUCAUUAAUUAGUUUACGAGCUGAUUCAAAUGUACACAUUAUCAUAUGUGAUGUUGAUUGGCGAGUAGAAGUUACAGAUAAUUUGAAAGCCAUUAUUCAUAGUUGGAUAUUGAAUGGUUUGUCAUUUUAUCCUUCACCUUCUUCGUCGUUAUCAUCUAUUUGUUUCAACAAUGAUAAAAAACAAAAAAUCAAUAUUUCUCGUUUAUUAUCAACUAAUGAUAAUAAUUAUUCUACACAUCGUAUUAGUGUAGAAGCAUGUCUAUUACGUGGUGUAGCAUGUCGUCUAUUACCUAGAGCUGUAUUUCAUGCACAUUCAACAACACAUGUUAAUUGUCGUUCAUUAUUAUUUGCAAGAGUUCAACCAAAUGUUGUCAAUGAAUUAUUAUCUGGUAUAAUACAAAUAAAAAAAUUAUCAAAUCGUCAAUUAUUUAUCCAACAAAAAAUUAAAUCAAAUGAAUAUGAACAUUUAGAUUUAUUUAGUGAUCGUAAUUUUUUUGGAUCUAUUCAUAAACAUGAUACAUUAUCACAUUCAUCAACAUCAUCUAUUGCUUCAUCAUUUUCAUAUAUUGGACAAGAAAAUCGUUUAAAUGAAUCAUUAAUUAAUAAUGAAAAAAUAAUUAAUGAAGAUGAUGAUAUAUUAUUAUUUCAUGAAAGAGAACCAUUAAGUGAACUUUUACUUCAUCAAGCAUUGGAACUUUUUGAAGACCCAAUCGAUACACAAGCAUGGUGUUGUACAAAUGCUGAAGAAUUAGCCAUUGUCAAUGAAUUUGUUUCUCAAGAUGAUGAUAAUGUAACAGAUGAUUUUCAUUAUUUGAUCGGUGAUGGUGAAGCUGACUUAGAAGAUGAUUUGAAUUAUAAAAUUUCUGAUGAAUUGGAUACAAAUUUUGUACAGUUAUCAGAUUACAAUGAACGGAAAUCUUAUCCAGAUUGUCUAAUGAAACAGUUAGGUUACACCGAUUUAAUUAGUUGGGAAGUUGCUAAUUAUGAAUUAUUAUCUCGUAUAUCACUACUUGAAAAUCAAUUAGACAGUGAAUCGAAUCAUGAUUGGUUAAGUUAUCAUAAUCAUCCUUCUCCUGUUAAUCAUAAUGAUGACAAUUCUCUAGUUGAUCGAAAUGAACAACAGCACUCACAACAUAUUAAAUCAUCUGCUCCCAAUGUAAUAUCUUCUUACUCUCAACUUCCAAUUUGGUGUCCUUUUGAAUCAUAUCUAAAAAAUUUACAUUCAACAUCGGAUACUAAUGAUUCAAUGAUAAUGGUUGCUAAAGAUGAAUCUAAUCAUCUUUUAACAUCUAAUGAAGAUUAUUAUUUAUAUUCAAAUGAUGAUUGGGCUUCAGAUAGUGUUGGAUUUAAUUUCGGUUAUGAAAGUGUUCCAAUGACUGAAAGUGAACUACCUCCUUUGAUUAUACCAACACCAUCUCCGGUUAUUCAAAACAACAAUAUUAGUAUUAAUAAUAAUAUUGUUGAUAGAAAGACAGGAAGACGUCGUCCUAUUAUGAAUCAUUCGUCUUUAUCAUCAUUAUCUUCUAGACCAUUAAAUGAUAAUAUUAACAAUAGUAUUGGUCAUGUUACAUCAUCAUCAACUCAUCGUAAUGGGUCUCGAUUGAAUAACAGAAAUCUUAAAAGACGAGCAUUAACUAGUCCAACAAAUUCACUUCCUCGUAAAAACAAUUCAUCAUCAACUGCUUCUUACUAUAAUACCUUUGAUGAAUCAUCAACUACACAUAUUACAACAAAUACGGGUUCAAAUUUAGCUUCUAUAGAAAAUGAAGCUCGAAGUCAAGAUGGUCGAAUGAUUGGUCUACAACAAUCACAUACACGCGACCUUUCGUCUACCGGAGUCACUAUUUCAUCAACAUGUUCCACUGGAAAUAAUACAGUAUCUCUUUCUCCUAUUUCAUCCAGUACAAAUAUAUAUACAAAUAAUUCAAUUGUUCUAUCAUUACAUUCUUCUAUAGGUAAUGUUAGUGGAAAUUCGGCUACUUUGAAACUACAUAUCCCACGGGCAUCUUAUAAUAAAGCAGUUACUAAUGCUCGUAUUCAUCGACUUCGUCGUAUAAAUAACACAAAUAUCGGAUCAAGUUCAGAUGUUGCUACGGUUGCAGCAGUAGCUUCUUUAGCCGCUGGUGCCCACUUACUUCAACAGCAACAGCAUGUGAAUACUGUAUCCAGUGGAUAUUCUGAUCAUAAUCAUCAACAUUUAUCAAAUACUGUUAUGGCAGCAGCUGCCUUCAAUAGUUCAUGGAAUUCAGUCUUGACUAAUCCAUCUAUUCUAGCUCGUUAUGGAUAUACACAUCAUGUUGGAUCAGUAAAUAAUUUACCUGGACGACAUAUUUCAUCACUUCAAAAUUAUAUGCAAACAACUAAUAAUUCUCAGUGUCACCCAUUGAAAUAUCCUGUCGGAGGUGGUGGUGGCAGUAGUGGGGCAACAUCAAUUCUAUCUGUAAAUAACAAUUCAUCAUCAUCAACUAAUAACACAGGUCAGUUAAAUAAUGUAACACAAAUGGCUAAUCAGUUAUAUGUUGGUAAACCUCCUGAUUGGUUGAUUUAUGAAGAAGCAGCAUUAUAUUUAUGUAUCACAAAGUUACAAGAAUUGAACUUUGAAAUUAAUAAUCCAAAUUCUAAUCUGUCUACAUCUACACCAAAUUAUCGUUUUGCUGAAUUCUUUUUAAAUAACUAUCUACCUAAUCGAAGUUAUCGUGGUGCUAGACAAUGUUUAUUAGUUCACUUUAAAAUGCAAAAUGUUGUAUCAUCUGCAAAUAUAACUACAUCAUCAUCAACACUGUCUAAUAAUAAUAGUAGUGGAAUUAAUGGAGGAGGAUGUUCAUUAAAUAAUCCUUUUACAUUUAAUCCAGAUGAUUUAUCACAUUCAAUUUCAGUGAAUCCAAUUUCUAGCUUACAUCAUCAUGGUCCUAGUAGUCGAAAAGUAAAAAAUAAGAUGAAAAGUGCCGCUGUAGCUGCAGCUGCUGCCGCCGCCGCUGCAGCUGUCACAUCUUCGCCUGUUAUUCCUGGCAGUGUCGGUGGAGCUUCUCAAUUCUGCAAUAACGUAAGUGGAGCGUCAGGAUCCAUGUUUGGUGUUGGAGGUGGUAGUGUCGGUGGCGGUGGAAAUCCAAGUGGUGCCGUUGCUGGUGGCAGUACUGCUACAUCAGCCGCAUCUGUGGCUGCUGCUCUGAAUCGAUGCAGAGGUUAUCUAUUUUAUCAGCAUUUACAAGCAUGGUUCAAUUUAAUGUUAUCAUUUGACCGCAACGAUACCAAUCAUACUAAUAUUACUACUGACUCCAGUAACAAUAUAUCAGCGCAUUUAUCGCCAAUCAUUCAUACUUUGAAAUUUGCUGAAGAUAGUCAAGCAUCAUUUUUACGCAAAGCUAUUCGAGAUACAUUAUCUGUACCGUCUGUCCAAAUCCCUCCUAUUUAUCGUUCAUCUGGAUCACGUAGAACUUGUGUUGUUGGUGGUGGUAGUAACAAUAGUAACAGUAGUGCUAGUGGAGGAGGAAAUGUAGGAAAUACAUCAUCGUCAUUAUCAUCAACUGCCUCAUCAGCUCUAGGAUAUCAUCCGAAUACAAAUACUAAUGCUAGUGGUAGUGGUUCUGGUACAUCCACUACACAUUAUAAUAUUCAUAACUCUGGACAACUUUCCUCUCAUAGUUUAACAGGUCAUUCCACUAUGUCUAAUACUCCUGCUUUAUUAACACAUCAUCGUUAUCGUCAUCAUAUGACAUAUGAUCAUGGUCAAAGUCAAAAUUCCAAUAUUACUACUGCUGAUCUAAGUUCAGCUUCUGGGUCAAGCACAGGUGUUGUUCAUAGUGGUCCAAUUAUUCAGAAGAAUCCCACACAUAUUGCUGCACUUCAAGAACACAAUAUCAAUCCAGAUACCCUAAUUACACCUGCAAUGGUAAUUAAAAAUAAAGAAGAACGUGAAGCUCGUCAACGUGCUGAAACCUUAUCAACUGCUAAUCAAGUUAACUUAUCGACUACUACUAUUUCUUCUUCUUCAUCAUUAUCAACUAACUGUCAUAUUACUAAUUCAAAUUCAACAACUUCCACAGUUGGAAUGUUUCAAGGGGAUAAUACGUCAGAUUCAACAAAUUCACAACAAACUGAAAAUGUUUGUUUACAUUCUCACACAUCACAUCCAUCAUCAUUAUCAGCAUCAUCAACAUCAUUAUCGGAUCAUGUAUAUAAAACAUCUACGUAUACAUAUUCUGGUCUUACUAGUAGUAGUGAAUCGUCAAUAUCCACAUUUAAUCUUCUUGGUUGUUCAACUACUUCUAGUUCUCUACCUACAACUUCAUCAUUUUCAAAUGGACGAACAAAUGCACAAUUGUCUUUUGCACAUAAUCUGUCCCAUCGAGGAAGUAGUGUUAUGUUACCGAUUCGUUCUGGAUUCUGUCCUAAUACCGUUACACCGUCAGGUUCCGUUUUAUCGUUUACCAAUCAACAGCAACAACCACAUCGUUUAGUUGGUACACAGAAUACUUCAUCAUCAUCAAUUGGUCAUUAUCAAUUUCAACCUCGGCAAACAUUAUUAAAUUCUUCAGUUGGUCGUCUUACCCAUUUAACUUCAGGUUCAUCAAUCGUUAGUACACCUCAUCUAACUGGUACUCAUCAUGUAAUAUCGUCAGGAGCAGUUGCAUCAGUAUCAUCAUCAUCAUCAUCAUUAACAGAUGAUAGUGGAAGUACACGAAGUGUAGAUUUGAAUUCUGGUAGUAUUUUAAUUCCUGGCAACUGGCGUACAGCAACGAAUCCACGUUCACUUAACGUCCAAACAAUUGUUUCAUCCACACCUACCGUUCUUCGACGUUCUGCUACAUUUACUGGCAUUGGUCUAAGUAAUCAAUCAACCAGUGGACUUCAGACUUGUCGAUUGAAUCCUACAUUGUCCAAUAUUUCACAAAGUCUAUCAACCACUCCAUUCACUGGUACAUAUCUAAACACACAAGUUACAAAAAUUCCGAAUUCCACUUCUUCAACAGGACAAUCUAGCUUUUAUAUACAUCAACGUCCACAAUUUCUGUCUAGUACACAAACAUCUGGUUCUUCAUCUGGACAUGGUGUUCUUGCUACACCAUCGAAUAUUGCUGUAAUUCCUGGUGCAUCAAAUAAUUAUUCAUCAUCUGUUACACAUAUACCUCAAAUUCUUCGUCCUAGAAAUAAUUCUCUUCGUGGUUCAAUUGUUCAACCAACAUUUGUACGAACAUUCUCAACUGCCGGUGUUAGUGGUACAAGUGGUUCAGUUAUACCUGUUGCAGUAACACAACAUGGAACUCGUUUAUCACCGAAUGUAGUUGGUGGUGUAUCUACAACAAGUAUGUUUCUUGGACGUGUCGCUACACUAAAUGUUUCUUCAAAUAAUCCAUCCGUUUCUAGCAUUCUUAAUGCUUCACGUACUGGAACACAACGUAGUGUAUCACCAACUGUUUUUCAGUCAUUACGAACAUGUAUUUCAGGUGGUGCUGUAAAUUCUGUUGGGAAUGAACAACAUUCAUCAUCACAGAGUAACAACAACAACAACAGUGGUAUUAGUGGUGGCAGUAGUAAAUAA